AGCGGAAGUUCUCGCUUUGAGCCAACUGGUUCUUUUUUCUCGAGUACCUGCGGGAUCUUUCGGGAUUUUCACGGGAAAGCAGCGGGUUUUUCGGUUGUUGUGGAAAUGUGAGCCGGCCUAACGACUACCAACUACACUAUUAUAACACACGUCGAUUGAAUGGAGAUUUAGCUAACUUUAUGGUAAAAGCAUCAUUCGAACGAAGCAAGGAUAUCAUCAGUGUUUAGGAUUUAAAGGCGAGGUUAAUGUUGUUUCGGACGUGGGACUCUCGUUUUGCGGGAUCGUCUGGUUGACAUCGCUCAAGAACUUUUCCCGAAUUCCUUUUACCGCCAAUAUUUUGACCCCAAGUCAACUGAUUAGAUGUCUGUGCUCGCAGUCUGUAAACAUGUGGGGAUAAGGGUGGACUCAUUAUGACUUGAGCCAUGUUUUGGGUGCAUUUGCUCUAUUUACUGAAAAAUUAAUUGUGUUGCCAUGAUGCAUAAGGAACUGAGGAGGGCACCCAAUUCUCCAUUCUAACUUUGUGAAACUUCGGGAGUUCGUUCCUUGGAAAGUACUAUGAGUUUCAGUAUAACUCCAUGAAAUAUGGCCACAGGCUACAAGCAAGAUGACCAAGGCGAGAUAAAUUCAACAAACGGCCAGAAGUCAGAAGAUGCGCGUAGCAGAGCGGAUGAAGAUGUCGGGUCGGCAAAUGGUCAAACAAUAUGGCGACUUGUUCUUCUCUCUUCUAAAAUUCGACAGUCUUCAACUCUCAGUGCUGCUGCAAGGACAGGAGUUCUGGUCUCGCAGUAUAAAUACGAGAGUAGUACUUUGGAGACAAUUCUGGCUCAAGCGCAAAAUGUCUUGUCCGGGCGAAAGGUUGCAAGUGUCGCGAUCAUAGCGAACGGACAAUCUGGGACAUUUCAGCUCACAGCCUCUGCAGAUCAGGUAGUAACUCUAAGGUCAUUAAAGGAUCAGGAAGAUAUCCGGAGUUUUUUCACUCAGCUCGUUUGUACUUGCCUGGACACUAGUAUUCCUGGAGCACGCCUGGACAUGCUUGCCUGUCCAUUGGUACAGAGCAGUGACACUGUGCAGUUUAUUGACUUCUUGGAAAAUGUAGCCAAGGUGACGGUUGGCAUGACCAAGGAGCUGCUAGGAGCAGAUGUUAGAGGGAACAAUAACAUAAAGGCUGAUGAUGGAUCAAGCAUAUUUCCUGGUGAUUUGUACUUCAAAGCUGAGAAGAUAAGAGGCUGGUCUGGGAUGCAGCCACAGAGCAUCAGCAACUUUGAGAAGAUACGGACAGUUGGCAAAGGUGCAUAUGGUGCUGCUGUCCUUUACAGAAAAAAAGAUGAUGACUCACUUGUCAUUUUAAAAGAAAUCACCUUACAUGACCUGACUGGAGCCGAGCGGCAAAUGGCCAUGAAUGAGGCGAAAGUGUUGUCCAAGCUAAGUUUACACCCAAAUAUCAUCAGUUACUAUGACAGCUUUGAAGUGGAGGGGACCUUGAUGAUAGAGAUGGAGUACGCAGACGGAGGCACAUUGGCACAGUACUUGACCAAGCUGGAGAAGGACAUGGAGGAAAAGGACAUUCUUAACAUGUUCCAGCAGAUGCUCUCUGCCCUCAAGUACAUUCACAACAAUAACAUUUUGCACAGGGACCUGAAGACAGCCAACAUCUUCCUGACUAAAGACACAGUGGUCAAGCUGGGUGACUUUGGAAUCAGCAAGCAACUUGAAGGGUCUAAGGCCAACACUGUUCUUGGAACACCAUACUACAUAUCUCCUGAGAUGUGUCAAGGCAAAGAGUACAAUCACAAGAGUGACAUCUGGGCAUUGGGCUGCAUUCUUUACGAGAUGGCCUCACGACAGAAGACUUUUGAGGGAUCCAAUCUCCCCGCCCUUGUUAACAAAAUCAUGAAGGGUCAGUUUGCUCCUAUUCGAGGGAACUACAGCGCAGAAUUUAGGACUUUGGUAAGGGACAUUUUACAAAAUGAUCCUGAGAAAAGACCCUCAGUGAGUGAGCUCCUGCAUGAGAGAGUGCCAAAGCUCUUGGAGCGCUAUGAGGACAUCACGGAAGACGAGCUCAGCAGUUCAGUGGAUCACAACCGACACAAGAAGACACGGUCUUUGUUUUUCUACCUCGAUAUGGCGACCGUCAGCAUGUUUCCCAUAGAGACACCCGUGCGUGCGCAGCUUGGAGAGGUAUCGGUGGGCCAGUCGCACGUUGCCGUGGUUACGCUAGAGCGCGCUGCAUAUACCUGGGGAGACAACAGCCGCGGUCAGCUCGGCCAGGGGGACUUGGUCAACCGGGACAAACCUACCCUCGUCGACACGCUCAAGGGCAAGGCCAUCACGAGGGCUUGUUGUGGCGACAAGUACAGCGUGUUCGUCACGGAUAACGGCAUAGUGAUGACGUGCGGCUCGAGUGAUACAGGUUGCCUUGGACACGGAGACUGGUCCAGUACUCCACGGCCAAAGCUGAUCGAGGGACUACUGAGUGUGGACGUGACCGCGGUGUCUUGUGGGCCGCAUCACGUGGCCGUGGUGUGUAGCGAGGGACUGGUGUUCACUUGGGGCAAAGGCGCGGACGGGAGACUAGGACUCGGCAAUGAGGAUGACCAGUGCGUGCCGUGCCAGGUGACCAUGGAGGAUGCUAACGUGUCAAUCCGUGAUGUGAGGUGUGGUCUGGACGGGACCAUGUUCCUGACCGACACGGGCGCGCUACUCGCGUGCGGGAGCAACGCGAACAACAAGCUCGGGUUGAACAACCGCCAGGGAUUCUUGAUGCAGAUGAAGAACUUGCUCAACAAGGACCCAGUCAAAGUGACGACUACACCGACCGCAGUCAAGGCCCUGUCCCGUUACCGUGUGGUAGACAUGGCCCUGGGGCCGACCCACAGUGCAGUGUUGGUAGAGCCUGGUCAUGUGCACACCUUUGGUAGCAAUCAAGACGGUCAACUGGGCAGCGGUAACACCAAGCCCCGGGAUGCGCCUGCCAGUGUCAAGCAGUUAGAGGACCAGACAGUGACGAUGGUGUUUUGUGGCUAUGGGUUCACUGUCGCCGGCACCAAUGACAACACAUUGUACUUCUGGGGCUCGAGGCCUGUCCGGCGUCCUCGCAAGCAAAGUGACAACGGAGAAAAGACGGAUUCUGAGACUUCAUCCGUCACUAAAAGACACAAGCGCAACGCUAGUGGCAGUAUGAGUAUCUGUAGUGGGGAUAGUUUAGACUGCUCGUCAGGGAGUAGAAGCGGUGACGGUCUCGCCAACAGCCAGUCCUUCAAGGACGCCAAGAAACGACGAGAAGGAAUCCUGGAGCAGAGCCAGGGCAAGGGUGAGAGUAACGGGUCAAGAAGCCGCAAGGAUGGUAUGCAGGAAGGGCUAGCCAUGCCCGCGUCGUACAAGAAGCGCAAGGAUGCCGUGCAGGAGGGAGGGAGCAGCAGCCAGAUGGACGUUAUGGGAAGCUGCUCCAGCGUGUUUGAGCAGGCCAUGCUGGCAGGAGAAAGUAGUAACCUGUCAGAUGCCGACAAGAGCGAGUCUAAGGACAUCUCAAAGAAUUACAUCCGGAUGUCGUCGCGCAAGGUGCGGCUAAACGGACACGUGGGUAUGGGCUCGCUCAAGAUGCACGAUAACGAGCCUGUGACCACCCCCAUCGCGCUCUUCCAUUGGGACGCCAUCAGCGGGAUCGACGAGACGGAGAGCGAGUUCCCGGUGUUCUUACAGGACAUCAGUGGUUAUGGCGAGAACGUGUUCGUCCAAAUCGAGACCACGGCGCCGCCUCCUCGCAAGCGGUCUAAAAAGCGACUGAGUAAAAAGGACAAGAAAACGAGCAAGAGGAAUCUGGAGGGCGUAUCUAGUUCAGUGCCUGGUGUACCGCUAGACUCCUCUGUUGGAUCCAGCUCAUCCGAACUCGACACUUUAGGGGAGGUUCCCACCUGGCUGAAAAAUGAGUUGAAAGAAGGCAUCAUGGCGUCUGUGCCAAUUGAUGAUGACGCCGACAGCGAAGAGGAAUCAGAAAGUGACGUCACAGAUAGCGAGGUGGAACAGGCUGAGAAGCUGCCCAUGCGUAAUACAACAGCAUUCCAGAACUUCCCCGAGAAAGCAACCAGGGACCCGGAAAAGAAAGCCACCAUGCGCAAGUCCGUCUCCGAGACGAUGAUUGUAGGUGGCGUCGCCAUAGCAACGUCAGUAGGCGCCGACAUCCCACUUAGCGUCAACGCCAGCGCAACCUCGCUUGGUUCUGAGGGGACUGGGAGCAAGGAAAAUGUCAAAAAGGCCCUUGCCAGCGUCUCGUCCCAGGACUUCUCGUCCAAAGACGCCAAGAAGGGCGACCUGAGUAUCUCGCGGGUCUUCCCGCGUCCCGCAAGCAGCCCGGCCUCGGGACACCAGCGGUCGGCGUCCGAGAGUCACCUUGAGAAAGGCCUUGUGUCGCCUGAUAGCGGGUGUGAGGUCACGCUGGUCGAGAAACUGAAUAGCUCCAGCGAGGGCUCCGACAGAGGCUCCGCCAAACCCUCCACGCUAGAAGUCAAGAAGCGAGUUGGGCCACCAGCGUCCCCGCUAGCAUCACGGUCAAGCAAGACUUCGUUAGCUGCGCGCGCAGAGAGGCCACAUGAUCCGAGACGCCCUGUGGGCCGAGCGAGGUUCAGUCACGUGGGAGGCCGGACUAGACCAGGGCCGUCCCGUCCAGGUGAUGACCGCAAGGUGGAGCGCAUGAUGAGCUCCCGCCAUGAACAGGUGGUGACGGAGCUGCAAAAAGAGGCGAACCUCGCGCAGCAGGCGCUCAAACAGCAGAUGGAGCGGCUGAAGCAGGAGAAGGAGGAGAGCGAAAGACGACUGGAAGAGUUCCGUGAAGAAGAAAGAAAACGCAUGGAGCAGUGGAAAGUCCAGCAGGAACAAGAAUCCAAGGAGCGAGAACAAAAGCUUGAGGAAGAAGUGCAGAAUUUGAAAUCUGAAUUACUUAAGCAAUGUGGAAAACUUCAAGACAACUACAACGUGGUGAUAUCCCUACAGGAACAGCUCGCUCGUAUGCAGCAGGAACAAAUACGACAGCAAGCAAAGGAAAAGAGGCAGAACAAAACAUUACAGAAGCAAAACUCAGCUAAAAGUUCUGUGUGUGCUGUUAUGUGAUGUCACGAGGUCAAACCCAAGUUACUAGGCCAAGGUACUAGGCCAUUGAGAAGCCCCUUAAAGGCCAAGCCAGGCCUAACAAAGCCUACUCAAACAAAACUGUUGGGCAACUUGGGCUAUACAGGCUAUCUGUCAGCCAAUGUGUGGCACAGAUUCCUGAACUUAUUUCAAAGCAUGUCAUCACAAGGUCAUCAAUAGGACUUGUAAAGGGUGUUUUUAAAAUGGUCAAACCGUAAAACGCCACAAUAUGCACCAUAUGUAUUUACGCAUUCAAAUAAUCACAGAUAUUUAUAUAUCACCUUAUUGCUAGGAGUCUGGCAAGAAAUGGAAUUUGUUUUCCUGAAUUUUUCCAAGUAUCACUUUGUCACUGUUUUUUUAUUACACAAAGGCUAGCUAAAACCAGUAUUAUUUGAAUGUACUUCAGUGUGCCCCCCAAUAUUUUGAGGUCUGCUACUUCACUGUACUUAAAGUCGGAAUGCACAGUACUGAAGCAAUUUUAUAGCUGCACCAGAAAGUGUGAACCCAUUGAUAAGAUUUUCUCAUUCAUACUAGAAGAUUCCUAGACUCAUUGCACAAAACACUGAGCACACUAUCACUCCUUGUGUGUAGUAUUGGCAUCACAAAUAAGCCACCUCCUCAGACAAUGCUCUUUCAUUAAUCUUGAACGAAAAAAUAUAUAUGGUGGAGCACAAUCUCCCUUGCUUGCUAUGGUGCUCAUGCCUCAUGUUUUUUUUGUUUGUUUUGGAUUUCCUAACACCUAAAGGCCUGUGGAGAAAGCUCAGCUCAGAUUUAAGUUAGAUAUAUCACCAGUGGAAAAAAAACUGGGUAUUUAUUCAAUUAAAAAAAUUAUUUGUCAUGGUGGAAGCUGCACAGAAUAUAAUUGAGGAAACUUGGAUGUAUAUGUUUAAAUUAAUUACAUUCUUUUAUAUGGAAUAUUUGUACAAAAUCAUAAAAUGAAUAUUUACACCAUUAUUAAAAGUGGUAUUAUACAAUAAAUGUGUAUAAUAAAGCUAUUAUUUGUGGAUAA